GGGUAUUUCCAUGGUUCUGUUGUCUACCGUGUUUUCUGUCUAUUAUAACACGGUGACCGUCUGGACCCUAUACUACUGCGUCAUGUGUUUCCGGCCUACACCUCCAUGGACCACGUGUGGGCAUGAAUGGAACACUGAGGGAUGCAUACCGAUAUGGGACGUUAACGGAACGAUCAACGUUAACGCCUCGUCUAACCGCAUCAUGAAUACCACCGGGGGAAGAGCCAGCAUGCUUGCCACAGAGGAGUUUUGGACGUACAACGUACUGGACCUCUCGCGUGGAUUUGAGUUUAUGGGCACAUUGAAGUGGGAACUGGCGCUGGCUGUGACUAUCUCGUGGACCCUUGUCUUCAUCUGUCUCUGUAAAGGAGUCUUCUCUUCAAGGAUUGCGGUCUACAUCACAGCUCCGGCCCCUUUUAUUCUCCUCACCAUACUGCUGAUCCGGGCCUCGCUGCUGCCGGGGUCUCUGGACGGGGUCCUCUUCUACGUGACCCCUGAUUGGGACGGGCUCAAAUCCUACCAGGUGUGGGUGGAAGGGUUUAUUUACGGGUUUUACAGCCUGGGUAACGGAUAUGGGGCAGUCACUACACUCGGCAGCUAUAACAGAUUCCAUGACCAGAGUCUAGGAAACUCAAUUAUCAUCAGCAUAGCAGAUUUACUGGCAGCGAUUUACUGCGGCUUCGCCCUGUUCACUAUCCUCGGUUACAUGGCAUACGAAACUGGCAUUCCUGUCUCUGAAAUACGGAAUUCAGGACCUGGCUUGAUUUUCAUCACAUACCCUCACACGGCCUCGUUACUGCCCUUACCCCAGCUCUGGACAGUUCUCUUCUUCCUCACCUGUAUUCUGCUGGCCGUGGACUCUCAGUUUGGGGCCUUCAAAACACUGACCAGCGGCCUAUGCGAUCUCUACCCCGGUACUCUGGGGAAACACAAGGUACUCGUCUGUCUGGCGGCGUGCGUGGGAGGCAAUCUAUUGGGACUCAUUUUUAUAACCCAGGGUGGCAUGUAUUAUUUCCAAGUAGUUGACUGGUAUUCGGCAGCAUUGGGCACAACAACCAUUUCCUUCUUUGAGGGGCUGGCCAUCGCCUGGGUGUAUGGGGCAGACAACUUUUGUGAAAACAUCAAGGAAAUGAUGCCCACCUUACCCAACAGAGUUCUGAAAGUCUUGAAAUUCCACUGGAAAUUUGUCCUUCCCGUCAUUUGUCUGGUAGUGUUAUCGAUCACCCUGUGGAGGUUUAAACCACCCACACUGAAUGACUACUCCUACCCAGAUAUUGCUCAGACAGUGGGUUGGGUGAUCGCCACAGGUAUUGUCUUACCAAUACCAGCCGCCAUUGUCUACGGCCUAUUCACAACUCAAGGCUCGUUGAUGCAGCGCUUCAAGCAUUUAUCAGCAAUGAGGUAUGACUCUUUUGUAAAACAUUCCUGUGAUGAAUGCAAGGAAAAAUCGUACUUCAGUGAUCUUCCACUGGAUAAGACAGAACUGGAAAUGUGCCAUAUGCUGCCCGAUGUUUUCCAAGAUGAUCGAGCUUGAAAAUUUCUGCUUUCUCUGAAUACACAGAAGUGCACCGAUGAAACUCUUGAAACCCCUUCCUGGCUUGAAUCUAAGUGGCACCAUUUGUGCACUGGUUUGUUCUAUUUUAAUGAUACUUCAUAUUUUACGUAUCCAAGUAAGAG